AUGAGUGUUCACGUUAAGAUCAAUGAUGAAAACAAGACUCCAUGGGAAGAUAUCAUUGAUGACAUAGAGAAUGACCUUGAUGAAAACAUGAUAGGAGCUCAAACGUCAGUUAAGGUCAAACUUGGUGAAGUUCAAGAAAAGAUUUCCGAGAUCAAUGCAAAAAUAUCAACACUUAAAGAGGUUGACGUUUAUUACAAAGCUUGGAGAGAACUUUAA